AUGGCUUCUACCAAGGGCGUCGCUUUAAUCACUGGUUCCUCACAAAGACUGGGAAGAGCUAUCGCAGAUGAUGGGUUCGAUAUCUCUAUCAAUGACAGCGAUCUAGCCUUGAAAACUACAGACCUUCACGUCCUCGCCGCCGAAAUCGCCGCGAAAGGACGGAGAUCGUGUGUCGUACCAGGAGACGUUUCUGUUGAAGUCGAUGUCAUAAACAUAAUAGACCACACUGUUCAGGAAUUGAGAGUAUUGAACGUCAUGGUGGCUGCUGGCGUUUGUAUUCCGCGUAGUAUCGCUAUGAACCCACCUCUGUGUCACUUAGACGAUCUUUACACUCGCUUAGCCUCCACAGAGGAUUGGAACCACACCUUUACGGUAAGCGGACGGGGAACUUUCCUCUGCUACAAGGAUGCCGCGAAACAGAUGAUCAAACAAGUUAGUGACCUUGGUAAAUCUACAGGAGACGAACUGGCGUUUUACGAUUCGCACAUUGCCAUGAGUCCGAUGGGGCAGCUCCUAGAGCCUACUGACAUUGCCAGCAUCGUAUCCUAUCUCGCCUCCAGCGAAGAACGUCUUGUGACAGAUCAAAGCAUGUCUGUUAACUCCAGUUUGUUUUUUAAAGCUGUUUUGACGUAG